CCACCAAGCUCUCUCGCUCUCGCUCUCACUCUCACUCUCACACAGAGGACAGAGCCACACUACCCAUUCCAUCAUAGUCCAUAGCUCUUUACUUCUCAGUCUCUCUCUCUGACUCUCCUUCAUGAAUGGUUCUCUCACUCACAAACUCCUCAAGCACUCUCUAUACACCGCUACCGCUACCUCUACCACUACCACCACCCAUUUCCCACUCACCUCUCUGCAAUGCGGAACCAUCUUACAGUCCCUCACCAACACCAAAUCCUUCACCAAAGGCCACCAACUCCAUGCCCACAUCACUAUUUCUGGAACUCUUCAAAACAACACUUAUCUCAGCACCAAACUGGCUGCCUUCUAUGCCAGUUGUGGCCGUAUGCCCCAAGCCCAGUUCAUUUUUGAUGGGAUUGAUUUCAAAAAUUUAUUCUUGUGGAAUGUCAUGAUCAGGGGUUAUGCUUGUAAUGGCGGCUCUUCUUCUUUCAAGUCUAUUGUUUUGUACCGUGAAAUGUUGGCUUUUGGUUGGAAGGCGGAUAAGUUCACCUACCCUUUUGUUCUUAAGGCCUGUGGUUAUUUGUUGCUUGUAGAAAUUGGGAGGAGGGUUCAUGGUGAGGUUGUGGUUAGUGGGUUGGACUCAGAUAUUUAUGUGGGUAAUUCUCUGCUUGCCAUGUACACGAAAUUUGGGGAUAUGGGGAUGGCGAGGAUGUUGUUUGAUAGAAUGCCUGAGAGAGAUUUAACUUCUUGGAAUACUAUGAUCUCGGGCUGUGUGAAAAAUGAGAGCCCGAAAGAGGCUUUGGUGGUUUUUGAUAUGAUGGAAAAAGCUCAAAUGACUGUAGAUGGGACUACUUUGCUUGGUCUCCUCUCUGCUUGUACUGGCCUGAUGGCCUUGGAGCUAGGGAAAGUCGUACAUGCGUAUGUUGUUCGACACAAUGCUGAAAUGUCUAACAAAUUUUUGAGAAAUGCUCUUAUUGAAAUGUAUUGUAGUUGUAACUCUAUAGCUUACGCAAGGCGACUAUUUGAUGAGUUGAAGUUGAAAGAUACAGUUUCAUGGAAUUCUAUGAUUUCAGGUUAUGAACAGAGUGGAGAUGCUUUUGAGUGCUUAAGACUUUUCUGUAAAAUGGUUUCAGAAGGGGCACUGCCUGAUGAAGUGACUAUUGUAACUGUUCUUAGAGCUUGUGAUCAGAUCAUGGCCUUACAAUUUGGCACAUCUAUUCAUUCAUAUCUUGUUAAGAAAGGGUUUGGUGUGAAUAUCAUAGUGGGAACUUCCCUUCUAGACAUGUAUUCUAAAUGUGGAAGCUUGGCUUCUUCACGUUGUGUUUUCGAUGAGAUGCCCAAAAAGAAUUUGGUUUCUUGGAGUGCUAUGGUUACAGGAUAUGGGGUUCAUGGGAGGGGAAGAGAGGCUAUCACCAUUUUUCAUGCCAUGAUAGCAGACAAUGUUUGUCCAGAUGAGGGUGUUCUUACUUCAGUUUUGUCGGCAUGUAGUCAUGCAGGACUAGUACAUGAGGGCAGACAAAUAUUCCAUGGAAUGACCACCAAGUACAAUGUUAAGCCUACUCCUGCUCACUAUUCAUGUGUGGUGGAUCUUCUCAGUAGAGCAGGGCACUUAAAUGAAGCAUACGAGCUUAUCAAUAGUAUGGAAGUUGUUCCUACUGAUGAUAUAUGGGCUGCACUGCUUUCUGCUUGCAGGCUGCAACGUAAUAUGAAUUUAGCAGAAAUUCUGGAACAGAAAGUUUUUGAAAUGAACCCUAAAGGUGUGGGUAGCUAUGUUUGCCUUUCCAAUAUUUAUGCUGCAGAGAAACGGUGGGGUGAUGUUGAAAGGGUAAGAGCCAUGGUGAGAAAGAAAGGACUGAAAAAACCACCAGGCUGCAGCUUUGUCGAGGUAGAUAAGAAGGUUCAUCGGUUCUUAGUUGGAGAUAGGUCACACCAACAGACAGAGUAUAUAUAUGCCAAGUUAGAGGACUUAAAACAGCAACUGAAGGAGGCUGGAUACAAGCCUGAUACAAAUUCAGUGUUUUAUGAUGUUGACAAAGAAGUAAAGGAGAAGAUGCUUUGGGAUCACAGUGAAAGACUGGCUAUUGCUUUUGCUCUUAUUAACACAGGUCCAGGGACCAUAAUCAGGAUAACUAAGAAUCUUCGCACAUGUGGAGAUUGCCACACAGUGACAAAACUAAUUUCUAAGCUCACGUGUCGAGAGAUUAUCAUGAGAGAUAUCCGUAGGUUUCACCAUUUUAAAGAUGGAUCUUGCUCUUGCUCUGAUUAUUGGUGAGUUAUACUAAGUGCAAUAUAAUUGUACAUUUGAUACAGAAAUGAAAAUACAGAUCUUUUAUUUGAAAA